UACAGCUGCUUUAAGGCAACAAAUUUGAGAAGCUACAGCAAGAGCGGGAUGAGUUUCAGAGAAUGGUGAUUGGUAAUCAGCAAGUGAGAACUCAACAAAUACAUGAAAUGAAGAAGAAGGAAAAGGAGUACAUAAAGUUGCAGGAGAGACUGAACCAAGUCUUAAUGGAGAAGAAGAAGGAAUCAAGAUCAGGAAUGGAGAUAAUGAAUUUACUUCAGAAAGAAGGACGGCAACGUGGGACUUGGAACGGGAAGAAGGCAGACAAUGAUUUCUAUAAAAAGAUUGUGGAUGCUUAUGAGGCAAAAAAUCAAGAAUUGAUGGCAGAAAAUGCUGAUUUAAGAGCAUUAUUGCGAUCAAUGCAGGUAGAUAUGCGUGAUUUCUUUAAUGCUCCUAAUGGGUUGCCAAAGCAAUCUUUGCCCGUCAGCGAAAGACACGAAAGUGAUCCAUCACAAUCUCCAUUGGGUGGGAGGACGGAUGUCUUUGAUCUUCCUUUUCACAUGGCUAGGGAUCAAAUAGAAGAAAGUCUUCGCACUAAGAUGGCUUCUAUAAAAGAGCGUAUGGUUCAAUUACAAGAUGCACAUAAAGGUGCAGAAGUCACUUCUGAAGCAACAGAGAGGGAGCUUGAGCUUGAAGCUCAACUUGUUGAAGCGAGGAGCAUAAUCCAGGAGCAGGCAUCCAUUAUGUCCAAACAUCUUGCUAAGGCAGAGAGACCAAGGGAAUCUAUUAUUUCAUCACCAGCUGAGGGGGUAUAACUUGGGAAGCCUAAAAGCCACGUCUGAAAUUUCGGAUUAGGAUCAACUGAAGUUGGUUCUUUGCAAAGCUGUGUGGCAGGAAGCAAGCUUGUAAACUACCGAGUUCCGUCUGGUCUAUUCGAAUUUGUGGUAACUACAUUAAGGCUUUCUUCUAAAGCUGUAGUGUUAAUGUAAUUAGUGACAUAGGUAUCGUCUGCUGUAUUUGCAUGCUUGCAGUUGCUUAGUGAAUGUCUUUAUCUAUUUUAUCAUCCUAGUUCUAGUUUAAUUAAAAGAACAAUAUGCCUAUUGUCUUGUCUAUUGACACAUGUUCGCAAGUGCAUUCAUGCACGACCAAGCAACUGAACAGUUAAAGAUAGUUGAAACUUGAAACCAAAUCAUCAAAAAUCCAAAGUAGCAGUCUCCUGGAAAACUGAAAUCCUUGUCCUCAACUCAGAUAUUUCUAAAUUCAUUACCUUGUCGAGCAUUAGAAUUUUUGCUAUUAUGUAAUAAAGUCGGCCGUUGAAUAAAAAGUCGAAGAAAAAUUAACAUUUUGCAUUUGAUGUUUCUGACAGACAUUUUUAACGUCGACAUAAACAAAGCAUUUUUACUUGAAUCCAAUUAUUGGAGUCGUCUUUCUC